AUGAAAACAUCGACGCGGAUAUUUCGCCAACAGAAUGCAACAAGUCCCACGUGUCAAGUAAACUGUAACUUUGCAGCCCCCCAAGCCAAGCGUCGCGUGGUCGUGGAGCCCCCAAGCCAAGCGUCGCGUGGUCGUGGAGCCCCCAAGCCAAGCGUCGCGUGGUCGUGGAGCCCCAAGCCAAGCGUUGCGUGGUCGUGGAGCCCCCAAGCCAAGCGUCGCGUGGUCGUGGAGCCCCAAGCCAAGCGUCGCGUGGUCGUGGAGCCCCCAAGCCAAGCGUCGCGUGGUCGUGGAGCCCCCAAGCCAAGCGUCGCGUGGUCGUGGAGCCCCCAAGCCAAGCGUCGCGUGGUCGUGGAGCCCCCAAGCCAAGCGUCCCGUGGUCGUGGAGCACCCAGCCAAGCGUCGCGUGGUCGUGGAGCACCCCAGCCAAGCGUCGCGAGGUCGUGGAGCCCCCAAGCCAAGCGUCCCGUGGUCGUGGAGCACCCCAGCCAAGCGUCGCGUGGUCGUGGAGCACCCCAGCCAAGCGUCGCGAGGUCGUGGAGCCCCCAAGCCAAGCGUCGCGUGGUCGUGGAGCCCCCAAGCCAAGCGUUGCGUGGUCGUGGAGCCCCCAAGCCAAGCGUCGCGUGGUCGUGGAGCCCCCAAGCCAAGCGUCGCGUGGUCGUGGAGCACCCAAGCCAAGCGUCGCGUGGUCGUGGAGCCCCCAAGCCAAGCGUCGCGUGGUCGUGGAGCCCCCAAGCCAAGCGUCGCGUGGUCGUGGAGGCGCAGAGGAAACUUAAAGUAUAA